CCGAGUGCUGGCUUCCGGCGGAAAAGCACGCGAGCAAGAUGGCCACCACCAAGCGCGUCUUGUGGACUGGCAGAGGAGGUGGACGACAAAGUUCUUCAUGCUGCGUUCAUUCCUUUUGGAGACAUCACAGAUAUUCAGAUUCCUCUGGAUUAUGAAACAGAAAAGCACCGAGGAUUUGCUUUUGUUGAAUUUGAGCUGGCAGAGGAUGCUGCAGCAGCUAUCGACAACAUGAAUGAAUCUGAGCUUUUUGGACGUACAAUUCGUGUCAAUUUGGCCAAACCAAUGAGAAUUAAGGAAGGCUCUUCCAGGCCAGUUUGGUCAGAUGAUGACUGGUUGAAGAAGUUUUCUGGGAAGACGCUUGAAGAGAAUCAAGAGGAAGAAGGGUCAGAGCCUCCCAAAGCAGAGACCCAGGAGGGAGAGCCUGCUGCUAAAAAGGCCCGGUCAAAUCCUCAGGUGUACAUGGACAUCAAGAUUGGGAACAAGCCGGCCGGCCGCAUCCAGAUGCUCCUGCGUUCCGAUGUCGUGCCCAUGACAGCAGAGAAUUUCCGCUGCCUGUGCACCCAUGAAAAGGGCUUUGGCUUUAAGGGAAGCAGCUUCCACCGCAUCAUCCCCCAGUUCAUGUGCCAGGGCGGUGAUUUCACAAACCACAACGGCACUGGAGGCAAGUCCAUUUAUGGGAAGAAGUUCGACGAUGAAAACUUUAUCCUCAAGCACACGGGACCAGGUCUACUCUCCAUGGCCAACUCUGGCCCAAACACCAAUGGCUCUCAGUUCUUCCUGACAUGUGACAAGACAGACUGGCUGGAUGGCAAGCACGUGGUGUUUGGAGAGGUCACCGAAGGCCUAGAUGUCUUGCGGCAAAUUGAGGUAUGUGGCCAGGAAUGGGCCUCCUCCUCACCCAGGCCACUGGAGCACGGCCCUGUGGGAGGGCUGGAGAGUCUCUGUGGCCUGAGAGAGAUGGCCAGGGGCUGUGUCCAGGGGGAGGGGCUGCUGCUGCCCAGGUUCCGGGGUGGAAGUGGGCAAAUGGGCAGGCAGGAGUUGGUAUCCCUAAACCACUGUUAGUCUCCGGCCUUACUCCCUCACUUCUAUUCUGCCACAAAGGCCCAGGGCAGCAAGGAUGGGAAGCCAAAGCAAAAGGUGAUCAUCGCCGACUGUGGGGAGUAUGUGUGAGGCGGCACUCUCUCUGCCUCCCCGUCCACUCUUGUCCCUGCACAUCCAGGAAGGAACUGCCAGCCUCAGAGGACGCAGCACCGAGGGUGCCUGUUUGAAGCAAGCAGCAUUUGGGAUAUGAGCCCUUCCUCAGGGUCCGCUUGGAGCAGCUCCUCUGCAGGCACAGCCUGGACUAUUCCCAAGCGUGGCUGUGGGCCCAGGAGCCAGUGCAGGUGCUCCCCUCCACCAUAGGCAGGCUGUGCAAAAAGCCACUGGCUUUUCUCGGCAUUUGCUGCUGGGCCUCUCCUGGGACUACCAGUGUGGCUGUUACGUGUUUUCUUUGCUAAAAUAAACCCUAGUUCUUAUACUGCU